CAAGGAUCCUAGAGUUUAUAAGAUUCAUAUUUUUGGAUCGAGAAUUUUCGACUUGAACUCUGGUAAGCUGCCAUUGUGGUCUGACGUGACCAAAGCUGUUCUAAAGAGCUUCGUAGACUGUAAACUGUGUAUCUUAUGAGAUUAAGUGCGCUCCCCCGGGCUUCGGUCUGGGCUCAAUGUCGAGGAAUCUCAGAUCGUGCUCUGAAAGUACCAAGACAACCGCAGACGCGGCCUUCGCUCAUUCGUGCUUGCAAAGGCUUGAGGCAACCAUGGCAUAAUAAUCAGCGAGUAGUUGGGUUUCACGAGGCCAAACCUCGAUCUUUGCCCCCGGCCACCCAGGAUUUGGACUCACCAUCACCCUACAAACCACCUGAGACAGGACUGUUGUCGAAACUCCCAGCCUCAUGGGUUCCUUAUGCUGAGCUGAUUCGACUUGACAAGCCUGCUGGAACCUAUUAUCUGUUCUUCCCAUGCUUCUUUUCUACUCUCAUGGCUGCCCCAAUAGCUAUGCCAAUGGCGACUCCAGGCUCUGUCAUUGGAACAUCACUCCUUUUCUUCUCUGGAGCUCUCAUCAUGAGAGGUGCUGGAUGUACUAUCAAUGAUCUAUGGGACCGCAACCUCGAUCCUCAUGUCUCAAGAACUCGACUCAGGCCGAUUGCUCGUGGUGCGAUCACACCGUUCAAGGGACUUGUUUACACCGGGGUUCAGCUGUUUGCCGGGCUUGGGAUAUUGCUCCAAUUUCCCUUGCCUUGCCUCUUUUACGGCGUCCCCAGCUUGCUCCUGGUAGCCAGCUAUCCUUUGGCCAAGAGAGUUACUUAUUACCCUCAAGCAGUUCUCGGCUUCACCUUCUCGUGGGGCGCUAUUAUGGGUUUCCCGGCUCUUGGAAUCGACCUGCUGUCACAUACCCCAGCCUUGACUGCUGCAGCCUGCCUAUAUGCUUCAAAUAUUGCAUGGACAAUAUUAUACGACAUGAUAUAUGCUCAUAUGGACAUUAAGGACGACGUGAAGGCGGGAAUCAAGAGCAUUGCACUGAAGCAUGAUGCUGAGACUAAGCAAGUGUUGACUGGCUUGGCUGCCGUACAAAUCUCUCUUUUGGCUGCGGCCGGAUUUGCAGCCGGUGCUGGUCCCGCGUUCUUUAUUGGAAGCUGUGGAGGAGCUAUGGCCACGCUUGGUAUUAUGAUCAAGCGAGUCAAUCUCAAAGAUGUCAAGGAUUGUUGGUGGUGGUUCAUCAACGGGUGCUGGAUCACCGGUGGCGUGAUCAGCCUGGGCCUAGCUGCGGACUACACUCUCAGAUAUGUCCAGGGACCUGAGGACGACACCAAGUUAGAGAACUGAAUGCCGGAAGGUAUGAAGCAUGUAAAACAAUUGUACAAUAAUGUCAUCAUAUAUGGAGAUAUGGGUUCAGACCCCAAAGAAUCCACCUCACGCGGCGUGCACAUCGUUGUUUUGUUCGUCGAAGACUUUGUGAUCUAUUUUCCCUUUUUUCAGACCUCGUCUCCCAUGAUCAGAUCCCUAACCAGUAAUGCCGAUGCAAGCAAUCCGAAUAGACUCCACGUGUCGAAAUAUGACUUUGUUUCCAUCCGCGAGCCCUUCGCUUAAGAACGGGGCUUCUCCUUCUUCUCCUUCCACAGAGCGAGCAGACCGACACCAGAGACCUUGACGACCUUGAAUCGAACACCGGGAAUAUCAC